AUCAAAUUACAUACCACUGGGUAAGACUUAAAGAAUGGUGUUUAAGCUUUAUUUACUAUCAACUGCAUAUUGUUAAAUGCUAUAGAAAUGGAAAAAGAAAAUCAGUAGUCUACUGUUUUUAUACAGUUUCAGAAGGUUACAACAACAAUACAUUGAAUAAUGAUAUCCCAGCUGCAUCCCUGGACUUCUAAAACAGGUUUCAGCUUGCUGAAAUAUAUUUUAUUUAUGUAAAAUACACUAAAAUCAUUUCCAGGAUCCUUGGUAGGGUUAUUUUUGGUACAGUACAUUGAAUAUAAGUCUUUAAAUAUUAUUUUGGAUUAAUAAAAACAAAUUGUUCAGCUGGGGAAUGAAGUACUUGUUUUGACAGUUCAAUCAGUAAUCCUGUGUCUUUAGCUUUUUUUUAAAAUCUCUGUGUAUUCCAGGAGGGGGGAGAAACUGUGGUGCUCAUGAACUCAUCUGUGCUAGACGAGGUAAGACCAUGUCUUCAAAAACCUUUAAUACCAUGUUUAAGUUUUUUAACAUCCUCGUUUAUUUGCAACAUUUUACUGUAAAUAAAUGUAGAUUUUUUUUUUUUUUACUGUCCUCAGAAUACGGUGUUUCGGUGAAUUAUGUAUGCCGUGUCAAGUUUUGGUUCGCCUCAGCGAAAGAAGGCAGCUGUGUGUGCAUGAUUUAUUCAGCAUGUAGGUUUUGUUUCGUUCCAGGUGUCCAUGUGUAAGCAAUGCUUCCGUAUUCUAAACAGCCACGCUCCUUAAGCUGCAUCUUCCUCUGCUCCAAAGACUUAAACCUAUAUUUAUUUUUACUUUAACUUUACAGAAAUCUGACAGAUUAAUUACGCUCCCUUGUUUUCAUUCUCGCUGAGACGAGCUCACAUUUCUCUGAGGGCAUUAUUCAUUUCAGAACGCUUCGGUGGCUGCGUUUUCACGUUUGUUAGACAGCUUGCAGGAGUCAUUAGCUGGAGAAGCUAGCUGAUUGAAUCCUGAGGCUGAGCUCAGAGUCCUAAGUUCAAUCUCAGUUCACAGUCUAAUUUAGCUAGGUUUUCUUUGUUUACUUUGUCAGGUAAAAAAAAAAAUUGAACUCAAACACUUAUGAAGGAAAGAGGGGCAUCACCUCUGCUGGCAAAAGAGAUGUAGGGUAUCAUAUAAACUCCUCCGCUUUCAAGUGUACAUCGAUGAACGCUUCAGGUUACCCCAGGCUUCUGAAUUAUUCAGCUGUUGUUAAAAUUUACAAAGCAGAGUGAUGUAUGAAGCGUCAUCACAUCUCUUUAGUGCCAUUGCCAUAAGCUGAACGUUUUUAACAGUCGGCUGAUGUGCCCACUGCUGCAGAGGUCAUGCUGGCUCAAUCGGCAGUGAGAGUUGACACAUGAACCUUAAAACCACUGGAUCUGAUUAAGUGUGAGGGAUUUACUACAUGCGUGGUUACCUAGCUGAAGAAAAUGACUUCGUGUUUUAAGAUACAAGCUAUAUCUGGAUUAUAACACAAUUGCGGUUAUAAGGUAAGACUGGCGCUUUAUUAUCUAACUUAUGUUUUGCCAUUCUUUAGGAUUGGGCAUUGAUCAUUUCUGGCAGAGUGCAGCAGGCAUGCUGUACUACUUGAAAAAGCUGAAACAGUGUCUUUCCUGUUGCUAUGGUGAGAAAAGUCUGUCCAUGCCGAGUUUAGUUCACUUUCACAGCAUUUAAGGAAGAUCACUACAGAUGUAACAUAACUGCUUAUUUUAACCAAGCUUCAUAAGUUAUUUUAAUCAGCAUAAGCAACAUUUUAAAUGCUCUAUUUGAAUAUUUGUGGGUUUGACAUGAAGUAAUAUUUGUCUUGAGUGUUAAAUUAAACAUUUAAUUUUAAUUAAAUACUAGCUACAUUUUCAACAAAAUCUGGUAAAAUGCUAUCUAGUGUGUGGGUGUGUGUGUGUGUGUGUGUGUGUGUGCAGGGGGGCAGGGGCUGUUUUCCAAGGACAAAUUGCAUCAAUUCUUAAAGCUCUGAAUUGUCUUAGGGUCAAUUCAAUCCUUCACUAAUUUGUUGGUCCAUUUCACACAAACAUGCAACUAUUAUGUUCUUACAUAUUUUCAGUUCAUAGAAAUAAAUCUCAUUGUAAACCAUAGUACAUCAAUUUAGUUAUGCGGUAAAUUUGUCAAUUUUGAUUAAAUACAUAGAGAACAAAAAAAAUGUCCCAAAGGCUGAACUGAUGCUCUGUUGGUACAAAACCUCCUAACAUAGUUUCUUAUUGUACCUGGACUAUAUUGAGAAUUAAAUCAUCAAAGAGGCACGAGAAGGCAAAAUGACCAGUAUUCUAGAGAAAUAAAAUCAGUUUCCUGAUUUUAUUUCAGGAAACUGAAAUAAAAUCAGUUUCCUUUAUAAUUCAAAAAAUUGAAUUAUAAAGAUGCAACAGCAAAUAUAUGUGAACUACUGACUGAAACAUCCACUGCAGAGACGCCUCUGUCAUUUAGGCAAAUUAAUUCUGGAAUAAAACAUUAUCAGCUGUGAAAAUGAUAAAAAAAUACACCAUUGUCAUUGGCUCCAAGCCUUUUGUCCAUUAAUCCUGCAAUAUAGUUCCAUACUCUACCUGAAGAGUUUAAAUAAAGAAUUCAAAAGCCCUGAUAUAAUUUAUUUUCUUAAUUAUUAAAAUGUGUCAGUGUGAGUUUAAGCUACAUGUUUCAAUAUAUUUCAAAAACUCAACAAAAUAACACUUCUUAUUAUAAAUUUUGUCUAAAAAGUAUUUUUCUUACUAUCUGUUCUUUCUUUUUAACGGUUAAAAACACUGCUCAAACUGCAGCUAAUUUGCCUGACUGUCUCCUAAAUGAUGGUCCGAUCUGAUUUUUCGGGCUUUACUGAAUCUACUUUUCUGUUAGAAACUGCUCCUUUGAGACUCUAGUAAAAAUAGCACAGGACUGCCUGCUUGGUUACAUGAAGUGUGGAUGGCCUACAUACACCGCCGCGGCUUAUGUCUGCCUAUGAAGUAAGAGGAAUAAUGGUUGAUUCAACUGCAUCAUGCUAAUGCUCUCCAUUUUGACUGAAAUGUUUAGACUUAUUUCAGUGUGAGCUGUUUACUUUUUUAAAUAAUAAAUUAUCAAUGGAUGAUUGUUCUUACAGUAACGCAGGUUUGUGUUUUAUUAUUGUUCAGCUCCAAGAAGAUUUUCCACUUCUUUAAAACGAUUUGGUGUACAUUUUUUUUACUGCAGUGUUGCAUUUUUCAAAUUUUUUUUCUUUCUUGUUGUCUUUCUCUUUUUCUUGUCUGUUCUCCUCUUCUCUUCCCCAGUUUCUCCUGAACUACUGGGCGUUUUGUCUUCCAUUGCAGCCUUCGUGGCAUUGAUGGCUCUGUUUUUUCUUUACCUCAGCAACAAAUUGUCUGUGCAGAGUCCCGACAAUCUGUCACAUCUCAAUGGACAAAAGAACCCCCAUCAAGGUACUCAACACAUUUGCAGGCUGGCCAUAUGAGCAGAAAUGCUCUCAGUUAUUGGUUACAAAUAUGCUCACAGCGUGGGAUAUUUACAGUUGCAAAGAUAGUGUGCUAUACCUGGAGAAAAUAUAGAAGAGCAGUGACUUUGCUAAACCUCUAAAAUGAAUUAAAAUACCAGAAGUGAACUGGUCAACAGCAAAACAGCCUCCUGUAAUAUUUAUAAGUCUAAACUGUGUUGUAGUGUUUGCAAGACAGAAGUAUUUUCUUUCAAAGAAACAUAAACUAAAAUCAACAAACGAGUAGCUUUACCUGAAGAAAUGUAACGUUUCCACCCAAAUUCCAAAACCAAAUCUUAACUUUGGGGUAAUUUUGAAGAGAGUUGUGGGCAAAAAAUGUACUCAAAGUCACAUAGAUUUGGCGAACAAAGUCUACAUCAACAAAUUAGUUUAAAGGUUGCACACCAGAAACACAUGGCUGUUGUAUUUUUUUUUUUUUAUCAACACCAAACUCUUUAUGGUUUAGUUUGGUUUUCAAUCAACUUCAUUUAUGGCAUUGGGUAGAUUUGGUUACAGUGAGGUGAGCCAGCUUUCUUAACAAACAGAAAACUUGACAUAAACACAAGUAUAACAGGACUAAAAGUGGCCCAGUGCUUGGUACUUUAAAAUAUUAAAAACACAGAAUCAGACUUAUAUGUGGAGCCCAGUUUAUAUUAAGGAGAACUUAGAUAAUGGGAAUUUUCUUAAAAUUCAGUUUCACAGCUAAGCAGCAAACGUUACCCAGUGUAGGCUAACAUCUAUUAUCAACAAGCUGGUGAAUGCAUGUACAUACUGUGAUGAUGGCAUCACACCCUGCUAACCACCACAUGUCUGUGUCAGUGCUUCUGAUGAGGUAAUCUCGUGGUCAGCGUCUAAUAGAAUCCCCCGACUGAGAGAUGGCCUUCUUCAAGAGCUUCCAGCCGACCCUGCCGUCUGUCAACAUUUCUUCCAUCCUGGACUCAGUCACCAGUCGUGUGGAUGAUCUGGCCAACGCAGUCAGUGAUGCCACAUAUGCCGUCAGCGACCAGCUCACCGAGCAGGUUACUACGAUCAUCAACAAGGUGCAGGAGGAGGAGGAGGGGGAAAACAGCAGGAGCCAGGAUGCUGCUCAGGCCUCCGGCUCGCAAGAGGGAAGGGGCGGUAAUAAAAGCAUGUGGCAAAUGCAGAGAAACUCAGACGCUGGUCAGACUGGUUCGAAAGACAACCAAAACAGUGACACAACGGAGGGACAGAACUCCCAGAGUCAACUGGAGUGGGAAUGGAGGGACGGAUGCUGGCGAGUUAAAAAGACGGAGGCCGAGCUGGCAGAAGAAGAGACGAGGAAGAAGGAGGAGAAGGAGAUGCAGGAAAAACGAGACCAGAGGAGAAAGGAGAGGAGAGAGAGGCAGCUGGAGAAAGAAGCAGAAGCCAAAAUAAACAGAGAGGAAGCCAACGAAGGAGGGGAGGAAGAGGAAGAUGAAACUUCUGAGAAGAUAGAUGACAGAGACGGACAAGAAAGGAAGACAAAUGAGAGUGAAGAUCCCAUAUCUGCUCAGAAAAAAAGUGAUGAAUGUGAUAAAACUCCUUACUUAGCUGAUAGUGUAAUAGAAAGAAAGACAUCGAAACAGGGGGAGGAAAAAGACGGAGAAGCCGAAGAGGGGCAGGAGAGAGAAGCAGACAAUGAGGAAGAGGAUGAGCAAUCUAGGUCAUCUUCUAAAGUCAAAAAGAAGAAGCUUGAUAAGAAAAAGGACAAAGAGAGUUCAAAGAAAUCCGAGGAAGACUUAGAUGUGGAGAAGAAGAAAGACAGAAGCAGGAAAAGCAAGAAGAAAGGAAACCAAGAUGGAGUUGUAUCAAACAGCGAAGAAGAAAAAAGCCCAGAGGGUGUGACCCAGCAGAACAUAACGUCUGCGUGGAGCAAAGGCAAACAGUCCAGUGAGCAGGGAGGGUACAGCAGUGAGGCCUCCAGCGAACAGGCUGCCAGCAUUCAGAGGAUAAAGAAAGAUUCCUCUUUAACUGAGCCCCAGCCUCCGCCGUACCAACACGUGAGCUCAGGGACACGCAAGUCCUCACGCUCAGAACGAGGAGUCAGGAGGCCGCCGUCCCCGCAGCAAUCCGACAGCCCUCGCUGCUCCAGCGAGGCCAGCGUGGAGCAGGACACCGAGAGUUACCUCAACAAAGGCUGUGAGGAGGACAUUCCCAGUGACAGCACUGCUGUUCUGAGCCCAGAGGAUGGUUCUGGUCUCCGGCUUCCUUCGGCCUACGAGCCAGAGCCCAUUGCACAAUACGGCACGCUGGACGUCGCCUUCGAAUACGAUUCUUCUGAGCAGUGGUUGGCCGUCACGGUGACGGCCGCCACCGACAUCCCCGCUCUGAAACAGACGGGCAACAUCGCCUGGCAGGUCCACCUAGUCCUGCUCCCCACCAAGAAGCAGCGGGCCAAAACGGGCGUGCAGAAGGGUCCGUGUCCCGUUUUCACGGAAACAUUCAAGUUUUCCCGGGUGGAACAGGAGGCCCUGGGGGACUACGCCGUUCGCUUCCGCCUGUACAGCAUCCGACGGAUGAAAAAGGAGAAGGUCCUGGGAGAGAAGGUGUUCUACCUGACUAAGCUGAACUUGCAGGGGAAGAUCGCGCUGCCCGUCACCCUGGAGCCUGGCUCUGAACUUACAGGUUGUGGCUCUCUUGUAAGUGUGUCUCGUAGCGCAGGUGCUUUGUCCUACCGCUCCACCGAAGACUCAUCGCUGCCAGAGAUCCUCCUGGGUCUCAUUUAUAACUCUGCCACAGGACAGCUUUCUGCUGAGGUUAUACAAGGAAGCCACUUCAAAACCACAGCUUCUGAUAAACCUGUCAACGGUCUGUUUUGUUGUGUGAAACACUUCGUAGGGGGACAGCUGUAUAUCAUGAGAGACACCUACGUUAAACUGACCAUGCUGGACUCCAAGGGCAAAGAGAUGUCCAAACGCAAGACGGCCGUGUGCCGCGGCCAGCCCAACCCCACCUACAAGGAGACGUUUGUCUUCCAGGUGGCGCUCUUCCAGCUGUCCGAGGUGUCGCUGGUGGUGUCUGUGUUCUGCAGGCGGAGCAGCAUGAGGCCCAGGGAGAGGCUGGGCUGGGUCUCCUUGGGCCACAGCAGCACCACCGAGGAGCAGCAAUCCCACUGGACAGAGAUGAGGGACGCAGAGGGGCAGCAGGUUUGCCACUGGCACACUCUGACCGACACCUAGGAGACGUUUGAUGAGGAUUUAUGAGCAACCUUAAAGAGCAUCCAAAGCCCUGGAAGAGCAGGAAACACCUUCUGCGUAUGAAUGUCCUUGUGUGCUGUGCAUUCAGGUGUGAGGUGGAAGAAGCUUCCCGGUCCUCACUGCCAGGCUGCAUGGCUGCCCUGUAACCUGCCACAGGGCUGACUUCCCGGGGAAGGAUUCAUACCUCCGACUCCAGCCUUUUGAACGACACACUGUUAUAAAAAAAACUGACACUGUAAUUCAUAAGUAAAAACAAUUUGUUUUAUAUUAAGAGAUUAUUUUCACAGCAAAAUGCGCAUGCACACCAAGUGUUUACAGGACCAACAUGACACAACACGUCCAGACGGCUUCAGCCCUUGAAUUUUGGACCACAGAGUUUGGUGCCGGACCGGCAAGACUCCUUCCAAUAUCUUUCUGGGCUUCAGCUAUCACCAGCAUACCAGACAUUUCUCCAGCACUGACAAAACAGGAUGCAAAGAGUGGACUGUUAUAAGAGUCCCGCAACAUGCUGCAACUUAUGCUUACGAGCUGUUCUUUUUACAAUAUGUUUACAUGCACACGGCAUUAUGCAAGAUAAAUUAGUUGGCUUGCUCCGGUUUUUUUUUGUUGUUUGUUUUUUAUGAUUUUUGAAGAAUUAUCUUUCAUGGAUUUUAUAUUUAAAAAAAUCAUUUACAUAACUGAAACACUAUGCAUAUGAUACAGGAAGGGUGCACUUCUUCCCUGUGUUUGCCGCGUCUCUCACAGGAUUGGACACAGCUCUGCAUGCCGUCUGCACUGAAGGACAGCUUCCCUUCCUGUGUAACACAGACUGAGCCUGUUUCACCGUUCAGCCUUCUGACAGCUCUGCCAUGUUCGUUCAUGUAGAAACACGGCGCAUCACGCCGGGCCGAGGAGGAGUAUGUAAAAGACCGCACAGUCCCAAUAAACUGCGAGGGCAGCACUGAUGGCAACCUCAGCUGAGCUUCCUGGGCUGGAGCGAGAAAUAAAGAAAAAACAGAGUUAAAGACAGAAGAAUCAUGUUCCUUUUUUUUCAUACCAGUGUAAUUAAAAAAUGUGACGUUUCAUAAAGAAUAAAAGAAAUAUUUGGCAGGAGCGGUAAAAGGUUCAACCUGUUUGUUAAAAUACUGAUCUGUGAGAGCAGCUGUGAGUCGGGAAAGAAAAAGAAAAAAAACUCUCUCCCCUGAGGACAAAUGAAAACUCCAGAGUCACACCCAUCCCUCCACGGCUCGGAGACAACCCUCCACCAGCUGGCUCGCCUCCAGAGGCGUGGGCUGCCCGUUCUGCUCUGGUUCUGUCGAAGCGUGCUGCGGUCACACCUCAUCAGUGGUAUUAAUUUCAAAUUACCGAAGAAGACAUCCAGAAUCUCUAGCAGCUCAUUUUUUAUUUCUUUUAUUAAGAGAUUGUUUGAGUGUAAAAAAAAGAAAAGAAAAAAAAAAGAAAUCAUUCCACUAUUUUUUUCUUCUUCCUUUUCCUUUGGCAUCUUCAGUAGAUUAGAAAACAUGUUUCAAAGUCCAUGGCGCAUGGAGAUUGUCAAAUGUGGACUGGAUUAUUCCAUAUUAAACUUGAGUUCUUUUAACAGUUUGGUAUUAUUUGUUGAUAAAUCCCCCCCACGCCCCCAAAAGAAUAAAAAUAAAAAAUU